AUGAUCAAGGUAGUCAUUGCUGAGGUCCAAAAUGAGAAGCUGACGUUAGUGAUGAAUAUGGUGCAUGAUACUUUAAGGUUUAAGCAUUUUAUGUUUUCUGAGCAGAUUGUGCUCUUGAAUGGCUUCAGUACAGAGGUGCUUGUGCUGGGAAAGUAAUUAAAGACUUGGGAUGGUUAUACAUCGUUCUGGAAUGAUUGCAUCUCCUCAGGAUUGCGUGGAUGUAUGUUGAUUGAAUUGGCAUUGCGAGGGCGUCUUCAGCUAGAGGCUUGUGGAAUGAGGCGCAAAAGUCUAUUAACAAGAAAGGUGAUUUGCAAGUCAGAUGCUCCUACAGGGGAUGUUCUGCUUGAUGAAGCUCUGAAACACAUAAAAGAGACCCAGCCUCCUGAAACAGUACAAAAUUGGAUUGAACUGCUUAGUGGUGAAACAUGGAACCCACUGAAGCUGCACUACCAACUGCGAAAUGUCCGUGAACGGUUAGCUAAAAAUCUAGUGGAAAAAGGUGUACUGACAACAGAGAAACAGAACUUCCUUCUUUUUGACAUGACUACGCACCCUCUCACCAACAACAAUAUCAAACAGCGCCUCAUCAAGAAGGUUCAAGAAGCAGUUCUUGACAAAUGGGUGAAUGACCCUCACCGCAUGGACAAGCGCUUGCUGGCACUUGUUUAUUUAGCCCAUGCUUCAGAUGUUCUGGAGAACGCUUUUGCCCCCCUUUUGGAUGAGCAGUAUGAUUUAGCCACAAAGAGAGUGCGGCAGCUUCUGGAUUUAGACCCUGAGGUUGAAUGUAUGAAAGCCAACACGAAUGAGGUUCUGUGGGCUGUUGUAGCAGCUUUCACAAAAUAACUGCAUUCAGACUGAAGGGUUCUCUCUUCUCUCAUGUGAACCAGUUGUUUCUCUUCUAUUGACUAUUCAUGUUUUCUGUAAUUUGUACCUUCUCACAUGAUGAAUCGGCUCUUGUUUAAUGGGAAUUAUAAGCGGUGUAUUCCCUUCUUCUCUGUGUAUCUGUAUACAGGAUUCUGCUGGUACAAGAGACCUUCCUGUUCAAAAACAACAGAAGAAGGUUUUACUGCCAUAUUGGCAUUCCAUUUCCUAUUCAGUUUGAGUUAUCUGAAAUACUUUGUUUAAUCUGUUUUUCAUCUUACUGUUAUUGAAGUGGUUUAACAUGGAAAGCACCUCAAGGAGGAAACGUGCAUGCAGCUGGAACACUAGUCUCAGCUGACACAGAUGUGUGCAUGCAUCAAUACUUCUGCCGUACAAUUCAUAACAGAUUAAAAAGGGCCUUCUUAAAUCACCAAAGCUCCAUGUUGAAGUGUCUGUCAGGACAUUUUAUACACAGAUGUUGUUUCCAUUAUAUCUAGGAAAAUUACUUUAAAAGCAGAAAUGCCAUUAAGCAGCUUUGUCAAUAGUUCCUGUAAAAUGCCCCAUAAAUUUUACUUUUCAUGCAGGUCUUUUGUGUACUUACAUUUUCAUUAGAAUAAUAGCUUUGUCAUAAGGCUAGUAUAGAAAGGUCCAAUUGUUUCAUAAACCAGUUUGGGGAUGGAAACCAGUUUGGGGAUGGGAUACAUUCCAUUAUAUUGUAUAUAUAGUUCAAAUUAUAUAUUAAUAAUUGCCCCAUCUUAGUAUUUUGCAAGAUCUAUUUAGUUGUACACCUG